UCAAAGCCUGUAUGUGCAUUCUUUGUGCCAGAAUACGCAGAGAGCGACUAUGAAAAGGACGAUAACAAAGAAAACAUUACAGUGACAGCACAAGCGCGCGCUUAUGGAUCUCUUUUGUAAAAAAAAAUAUUUAGUUUGUUCGCAUGUACUUUUAAGGAUCUUUAACCCUUAUUAUUAAAUUCGAUGUUAGGCAGAAAUUUGGUCUCCUGUGGAUAAGGUGUUGAUGGUCACCAGUCAUUUUCCAGCAACCAUAGUGAUUGUUUAUCUGUGAAGGGAUCCCACCAGAUACAAUCAUGGUGCUCAUUCUGGGUCGCCGUCUGAAUCAUGAGAACUCUGGCGGUGUGCCGGAAUCGCAGACAAUCAAGCGUAAAGUCUUCGAGAUCGAGUCUAAGACCCUGAGCGACGUGUACAACUUCUCUUCCGGUUCCUCUCACUCCGAGGGCGUCCUUCAGGUCUUCAAUGAGUUCAGAGAAAGCCGCCUCUUCACGGAUGUGAUCAUCAGCGUCCAGGGUCGUGAAUUCCCUUGUCACCGUGCCGUGCUGUCGGCCUGCAGCAGUUACUUUCGUGCCAUGUUCUGCAACGACCACAGAGAGAGCCGCGAGAUGCUUGUGGAGAUCAACGGCAUCCAGGCUGACGCUAUGGACACGUUCCUGCAGUAUGUUUACACCAGUCGGGCCUGCAUCACCACUCACAACGUCCAGUUCCUCUUCGAGACCUCCAGCCUCUUCCAGAUCACCACGCUGCGGGAUGCUUGCGCAAAAUUCCUGGAAGAGCAGCUGGACCCCUGCAACUGCCUCGGGAUCCAACGUUUCGCAGAUGCCCACUCUCUCAAACAGCUGGCCAGUCACUGCCGUGCUUUCGCCUUGUUAAAUUUUCCAGAGGUGGCUCAGCAUGAGGAGUUCCUAGACCUCCACAAGGAUGAGCUGCAAGAAUACUUAGCCAGCGAUGAGCUGUCCAUUGGCAGAGAGGAGGUGGUGUUCGAGUCAGUGAUGCGUUGGGUCUACCAUGGCGUGGAGUACCGCAGACCCAUGCUAAAAGAUCUGCUACAACAUGUCCGACUGCCUCUCCUGCACCCAAACUAUUUUGUACAGACGGUGGAAGGUGAUAAAUUGAUCCAGAAUGCACCAGAAUGUUAUCAGCUGCUGCACGAGGCACGUCGCUAUCACGUACUUGGCAAUGAGAUGAUGUCUCCGCGAACCAGACCCCGCAGGUCUACUGGUUUCUCUGAGGUCAUUGUCGUUGUGGGAGGCUGUGAGCGAAUGGGGGGUUUCAAUCUGCCGUACACAGAAUGCUACGACCCCGUGACGGGAGAGUGGACAUCUCUUGCUAAACACCCCGAGUACACUAAGUCUGAGUAUGCAGUGUGCGCCCUCCGCAAUGAUAUCAUUGUGUCAGGUGGCCGCAUUAACAGCAGUUAUGUCUGGAUGUAUAACUCUCAGCUCAACGUCUGGAUCAGAGUGGCCUCUCUUAAUAAGGGUCGAUGGAGACACAAGAUGACCGUCCUCCUGGGGAAGGUGUAUGCAGUUGGAGGUUAUGAUGGACAGUCUUGUCUCAGUAAUGUGGAGGUGUACGACUCAUUCUCCAACCGCUGGACUGAGGUGGCCCCCAUGAAAGAAGCCGUGUCCUGCCCGGCGGUCACCAGCUGUGCGGGAAAGCUUUUCGUCAUUGGAGGAGAACCCUUUGAAAACAACUGCUCCAAUAAGGUCCAGUGUUAUGACCCAGAGUCAGACAGCUGGCAGCUGAAGGCAUCUAUUCCCUUCACCAAACCCAAUAUCUCUGCCGUUUCUCUCAAUCACCUCAUCUAUGUAUGUGGUGGCCUCACCAAGUCCAUCUACUGCUACGACCCUUCACAGGACCACUGGAUGCACGUGGGCCACACCUUCAGCAGACAGGAGAGUUGCGGUAUGUCCAUUUGUAAUGGGAAGAUCUACAUCCUGGGUGGACGGGGAGAAAACGGCGAAGCCUCAAACAACAUUGUGUGCUACGACCCAGCCUCUGGCAUCAUCACAUCCACGGCUGCUAUGCCUCGUCCCAUCUCCUACCAUGGCUGUGUCACCAUACACCGUUUCAGUGAAAAACAACACAAAUUCUGAGAGCAUCAGCUAAUGUGCAUGUAGGCUGCCCCUAACAUGGAGCUACAGACUCUUAAAUGAAUAUCAACUUUGCAUUACUUUGCAACCGCUGGUAUGUUUUUUCUGUCACUUAUGCAACAUGUUUAACUGCUACAGUUGAUUUCAGCAUCAUGCCAAAGCUGUUAUUAUCUGUAAGACAGCAGUUGAUGGACUUUUUUUGUGGAACAAGGAAGUAUGUAAAACAUAGCCUUCCUCAUAACUGAAAUACAUUCAGAGAAUAAAUCAUAUGCGAUGGAGUAAUCGCAUAGAUGCCUUGAUGACCUGUAUAGAUAAAGACUGCACAAAUGCACACUUCCUGUGCUUUUUCUUUCUUUUCCAAGAUUUGUUUUGUUGGUCCGCCCACGCCCCCCAAGACAUUUUUUUAAUCUUAUUUUUAAAUGUACAUUUGUUUAAACUUUUUCAUGUCUUUGUUAUUUUAGUAGCAUUAUUGUUGCAUUCUGACAAUAUUUAAAAAGUCUGCAAAUAGAAACUUAGGUUCAGUCCUGAUUAUAACAUGCUUUUUACUUUUUUUUUUUUUUUAAAUAUCAUAUUAUGCUUUUGAGCUUAAGUGGAACAAAAGCACUUAAAUACUGCAUCGGACAUGCUGUAUAAGGUUUUCAUUGUUUUUUUGUUUUUUUUUUUGGUGCAUUCAAAGCAUCUGAAAACCUAAGGCUGGAAAGCACACACCUCAGUGAUGGACAGCUCUGAUUUUGGUCAAUGAAUCGUCACGUCAGGUUCUUAUGGGUUCUUAAUGAACCGUUCAGCUGUGAAACUAUUUUUUCCUGUGUAUCAUAUCUUUAUUUAAGCUUCUUUUACUUAAUCUUUAGUGUGACAACAAGGACGUGCCUUUCUGAUCUUUUGUUUUUGAUCGGAGCCCCAAUCAUGCACUUGUAUGUACUAGUGUUGGUAAUAUGGCAAUGUAAAUGCAUUCUACUCAUUCAACGUUAUCUGUGUUAUUUGACAUUGUGCGUUGUAAACAAUCUCAUAGCUGUAGAUAGCAUCUGAAUUUUAGAGUUGGAAUACCAGAGAUUUGUGUGUGUGUGUGUUCAAAUGAACCUGGAACUGUUUUCAAGAUAACCGCAGUCUCUGCUCUAGUACUUCUCAGUACUGGAUGCAGAAAUUAGCUGUCAGAAUAAUUUUUUGUGUAAUUCAUCUGAACGAGUCAGGCAGGAUGCUGGCAGCUAGUUUACCCAAAGCACUGCAUCUCCUGCAUUUCUGCCUGCAAUGAAAAUAUAAAAUAUAUAAGUGUCUGUAUAUACUUAUUUAUGUAUUUUCAUAUAGAUAAUUGUUUUGUCCUUCGAUCAUUUUGAUUAACUUCUUACUUUUUGUAAGUGUUAUUUUGACAACAUACUGUAUGUUCCAUUAUGCCCUUUUUUAAAAAAUAAUAUCUUAUAAUAUAAUACCCAGGUUUAUAUUUAUCUGGGUUAGAUGUGUUUUGUAGGAUUGCGUGGACACAGUUGUCCCGAGCUCUGAGUUGGCUUCCAGCUCAUUCAGAAGUAUAACCUGGUAUUUUUGUUGUGGUAGAAACAUCUUAAAAAUGCCGCUUCAGACCAUUUCAUUUCAGUGGAAUGAAACUGCAGCCGCAAUUGAGCGUGAGUCCAAAGCAUAAGAAAUAUUGGACAUGUUUCAGACAUAACAAUAAUAAUAUUCCAUACUUUGUAAAACUGCAAAAGUGCCUCAAUAAAAAAAAGUUCACUUGC